GCGCAAACACACACCCAUUGACUAACAAAGGUCCCAGGUGUCGCGCAAGGUGCAGCUAUAUCAGGUAAGGAAACUCCCUUAAAAUAGUAUUAACGGAUUCUAUGAUGAUUCACUUAUUGGAGCUGUCUGAAUUUCAAUGUGGAUAGACACUUUAUACGCUUUUUUUUUGUCUGAUGGAAUCAAUCUACCAACUCUUGAUCGUUGCACUCUGGAAUGCGGACAGCGACUAACAGAUGAAAGACUGCAAUCUAGGCAAUACAAGAAUGUGAGGACGUCUGCGAUCGGCCCUGUGAGUCCAUCUUAAAAGUACCGCCUCUCUACCACACCAUGGCGACCAACUCUGCCUCGGCUCCUGCCGCCAACGACGGCCCUGGAGAAGGUCAAGAGCCUUUCAAGCUCAAAUUUUGCACAGUAUGUGCGUCUAAUCAGAACCGCUCCAUGGAAGCCCAUUUACGCCUCUCCCAAGCAAACUACCCCGUGAUCUCUUUUGGUACAGGAUCUCUGGUUCGCUUACCGGGCCCUACAAUUACACAGCCGAACGUUUACCAGUUCAACAAAACCUCAUACGACAGCAUGUACAAAGAAUUAGAAGCAAAGGAUCCAAGACUCUACAAGAACAAUGGCUUGCUAUCCAUGCUAGAUCGUAAUCGAGGAGUGAAAUGGGGCCCCGAGCGCUGGCAGGAUUGGUCAAUUGGUGCUCCCCGACUUCAACACACGAAAGAUCGUGGAAGCGCUGGAACUGAAGGGGGUGUUGUGGACGUGGUGUUCACAUGCGAAGAACGAUGCUGGGACGCUGUUGUUGAUGAUUUGAUGAACAGAGGUUCGCCAAUGAAUCGACCCGUCCAUGUGAUUAAUGUGGAAAUCAAAGAUAACCACGAAGAAGCACAUAUUGGAGGACAAGGCAUCCUUGACCUCGCCAACUCUCUUAAUGCUGCAGCUGCCGAGGAGCGGCAAGCAACUGAUCCCGCCGCAUUUGACAGCGGAAGUGCGGCUAGUCGUGCCAACUUUGACGAGAAGGUGCCCGACAUCCUUGCCGCUUGGCAAGAACGCUGGCCAAAUCUGCCAGCAACCUGGACAUUGGCUUGGUUCUGAUAGAACCUCUGUUGCCUAGAGAUGAUUGUUUACGAUGUGAUGAGAAAUGACUUUUUAUUAAAUAUCCGACGGCGUGAGCCCAGAUUAGCACGGCGGCAGUUGUAAUACGAGAGCGAAAUCGGCCGAUAAUGGUUCGAUUUGCGCCAUACUGGCAGCUUGGCCCUAAUCUCCGCCUGAAAGGGCAUCGACUGAUACUGCGCGCGAUAUAAUGGGGUCUGUAAGGCUUAGUCGGCCGCGGCAUCGCUGCCUCUUGGGCAUGUCUACAGGGUCUUUCGCGGACGUAAAGCGCGCCUGAUGCCACGAUCUUCGCUACAGCGUUGCACUCGCUGACAUUGGAUAUCUUCUCCGUUGCUGGAUUUGGGAUCGCUAAAAACGUUAGCGCCACAGGGGCAACAUGUGGUUCUGAGCGUCAAAAGGGGAGCAUGUAGCGCCAGGGCUGGGCGUUGGUUCGUUUGGGUUCAACAGUUACAGUGGCGCACCAAGCUGCAUUGAUAUCCUUCGGGGUAUUGCCAUUUUUGGCAAACAAAAGCAAACAUAUUUCUUCGCAUACCAUAGAAUAAUGCACCCAGUGCCAACUUUAAUGCAUAGAGGCUUAUUAUUGGGAAAUUACAUUUCUUCAUCCUGUAGCUGCCGCCUGGCUUCGUCGGAAAAUACUGCCCAAUGA